CGAACAUUAUGGAUCAUCAUGGGAGAAACGACACUCUUUUACCAGCUAGUAGAGAGAAGAGUCGAUUUCGCACCUUGUCCUGGGAACAGUACGAUCCAGUGCAUCAGAAAUACUUGGAAAUCGGAAUGAAGCCGAAGAUGAAAAAUCACUACAGGGCGCAUCAGCUGUCGGUCUGGCUGCGCCUCGUCCCGGAGCUUCAUCGUGCCGGGAUGGAGGAUGUCGAUUCCAGACAUAACUUGUUCCGCGGCCACAGCGAUCCCAGCCUGUACGACGGCUCCGUGAGACCGGAUCCUCUCAGCAGGAUCAGCGAGGAAUUCAAGAGGAAGAACCUCAGCACGGAUCCGCCGACCACGACGGAUUACAGCAUCACGACGUGCGUCAGCCUCAUCCCGGGCACCAAUCUCCAGAACGUUCAUAACGCCAGCACCGACACCUUGGCCAGCCUGGACGCAGCUGGCUACGCGGCGUAUUCGACGGCUCUGAGCGUGACAAUCGCGAUCGGCUGCAGCCUGCUGAUCCUGAACGUCCUGAUAUUUGCGGGCGUCUAUUAUCAGAGAGACAAAACGCGGCUCGAGGUGAAGAGCCUUCAGCAGCAACAAAUGUUGAAUCAACAAUGCGGUCCCCGCGGUUUCACCGAGCUAAAACAACCGCCGCCCCCGCAUUCCCAUUACGCCGGUGGGGGCCAAGUGAUUGUUGACGUUGAGAAUGAAAUGUUAAGAAGGAAUGUAAUGAAAGGACCUCCUAAUGAUCCUGGCGCUCCUUUCCAAGGGCAAGGAACUCACACACUGCCUCAUCAACAUCAUUAUCAGAAACAUCAGCAGCAACAUGCCACUCUUCCCCGAGCAUCAGUUAUUCAAGACAUGAACACGCAAACUCAAGGCCCUCCGAACGGAUCCAUACACUUGACGGUUCCUCGGGCUCCGCCGCCACCCAGGGCGAAGAGCCCGCCGGAGAACCAACCCCUUUUGCAGAGCGCGACCGUCUCGAGUCGCGUGUCGCAGGCGACGAUGAGCGAGAUGCGAGUGUGAUGCUUGGACCCCCCUCCGAAGCCAGUCGUCCCAGAUGUUCUCACGGCGUCGACCUUACUCUAGGCAGAUUCGCCGCGAACCUGUCGGCUGGUGGCCCUAAAGUAGCCGCCAACUCUUCGAUGGGUCGACGCAGGAUAUCCCGGGGAACGUGAGCUGCGGACGAACGGAGGGGGGUGCUGGGGGGAGAGAUUCCUCACCGCUGGAGGGGGGGGUGGUCGAGCCAAGAUUUGCGUCUACCGAGCACGAGAAAGGGAGAGAGAGAGAGAGAGAGAGAGAAUGCUUACGAAAUCUAGAAGUGCGAAAGGGUGGAAAUUAAAUACGUAGACUUUUAAUCUGUCUUGCAACUCUUAUAAAAUCUCUUAUCGGAUUAGAAAAUACAUACGUAUAAAAUAUACCCCGUAUAACGCGGGGGGGGGGGGGUACGAUUCUCCGACUCUCGUGGGCUGUACAAAGUUUGAAGGUACGUCGUUUGUCGAGAGGGAGGGAGGAAAUUUUUCACGAAAUUUGUACAUUAUCCGCCGCGUUAUAUCGGGGGAUGAUUUACCGCGUUAUACGAGGGCUGUUACAAUUUUUUCUCCUUUUUUUUUAUCGCGUUAUAGAAGCACCUAUUGCCUCUUCAUUCGCGCGACACGAGGGUUCGCUGUAUAAAACUUAGAGGGUGCAUUUCUACAGGACAAAUAGAUUCUUAAAAAUUCGAAUUUACUAAAAUUAUAAUUUUACACAAUCAAAGUAAUUAAUAAGAGAGAAUAUGCAGUUUACGGGAAAUGUCUGGAAGAGCUAACGAAGGGGAAGGCUCCCAGACAGCACGAAAAGGCCAAAAGAUGUCUUAAAGAUGUCUAGAGGACUUUAAGACGUCUUUAAGUCAUCUUUUAGACGUCUUUAAGUCAUCUUUUAGAUGUCUUUUGGACAUGUGUGCUGUCCGGGCUUCAAUCUUAAUAAUCAUUUAUGGAACUGCGAUAAACGAGGAGAGGUUAGGUUAUGUAAGGAUACGGCGCCUCGCUUGAGAUUCCGUGAUGGCCGGUAGACAUCGAUGAACACUUACGAGCUGGAACAUCAAGAAUAGAGGGUCGUCUUGGAUGAAUCGAGGCUUUAAUCAAAUUUUGCGCGAAGGAAUCAAACGAUGCGAUGCAUUUCGCUUAUUAGUCGAUAAUGAAAUGAAUCUCUAGUCGUUAAAGGAGGGGAAAAGCGUAACGGAUGGCUCAAUAUGUGAAUCUCGACGGCGAUGAAGACACAUGUAAAAAAAGACAUACUAGCCACAUUACGAUGUUAGAUGUUCCUUGUACAUAACGUGAAUUUAUAUAUAAUAUAUAAGGACGCGCCAAAGAGUUUGCUACUUUGUAAGAAGACUUGUAUCCGCGUAUCGUUUAUUAAUCCCAUAUUCCUUUUUCCUCCUUGGUUCAUGUGUCGAUAUCCACGCGUGACGUCAUAUGAAUAAGAGAAUGAAUGUAGAAGGGUGGUAUUUCCUGAAAUCUUAAUGAGCGAGCUUGCUUAUCGACGAGAUGCUGAAUUUUCGAAACUUUCGGAAUCUUCAGCCUUUGUGUGAUUUUUUUACUAUUUUCUUAUCAAGUUUGAUUGAUAUUAAAAUUGUCCUCGUCCGUUCGCGUCUCAAGUAGCUCCUCAAAUUGCUCUCAGCCAUAGGAAUCGAGAUUAACUGAUUAAUGCGCGAAAGAAGAGACCGAUGUCGACAAGCAACAUCUCGCUCAUUAUCGUUGCCCUAAUUAAUGUUACUUGCCGCGCAAGUAGCCCCAUCGCGAACGUAUGUAUUGCACAUAUGAAUUACGAUACACGAUGCGCACAUAGAAUGAUCUUCGUACCCUCUCCAUGUACGCGUAUCCACGCAUAUGUGUUUUAUAUAUAUACAUAUACAUAUAUAAGAGGUGACCGAGCGCAGUUUUAAGCCAUCGUCAUAAAUCUAUCCCUCUAUCGUUUCCUUAUUAUAUGGUUUCGACAUAUCUUUUUAUACUUAAAUACGCACCAAAUUCGAACUGCUUUGAAAUUCGUAAAAUUUUACAAAACCGAUUAUUACACGUAUGCAGGUAUACUACUCGCGAAAAAAAAAAAAUCUCCGAAGCUAUCCGUGGAAUCGUGGGGUGUCGAUUCUUCAAAGUUCAAAUUCCAUCGGACACCCACACGUGAUAUGAGAUUGUCUCUCUCUUUUCUUUUUUGUAUAAAUAUAUACAUAUAUAUAGGUGUAAAAUAAAGACUAACGUAAAUCUGUUAAGCGUAAUACACUGCCACAAGACUACCGAAGUUAUAAGGAGCUCACGAGCUGCAGUUCUUCUCAUCUUUUAUAAAACAAUCGCCCGAAAUGAUUUUGCGGAAGCGAAUUAACGGAUUGAUUAAGGAGAUGGAGUCUUGUUUUAUCGAUAAAAUGUCAUGUAUCAUUUUUUUCCGAAAUCAUUUUAUUAAUUGCACAGAAUAAUAAAUGCUUCUCCACGAUUAAAGUAUGUGCAUACAGAAACAAAGCGGGAACCUCCUGAUUUUAUGUUAAAAAUUAAGAAAAAAUUAAAAAAUUAUAGUUUUUUAUCGGCUUCUGGGAUCAAAUCGUAACAAUAUUUGCUUUGUAUUGUAAAUUGUAUGAAGAAAUAUAAAUGAACUUUUAGAAAUGAGUUUAUUUAAAUUCCUUCAUACAAUCUCUAGCGGAAACUCAUCUUAUUUUGUGCAU